UUUGAGAGGCUCGACGCGACGCCGAAAAUACGUCGAUGCUUUCUCUUUCUGCACUUCGGCACGCAUUCCGCUCCAGUCAGCGAGGCUGGAUAAUGGCGGCCGGAGGGCAGCUGAGCUCGGUGCCCGAAGUGGAGCUGGACCCCGAUGGCAUUUUCAAAUAUAUCCUGGUGCGGGUCCAGCGGGGGGCUGAUGAGCACCGCGACAUCGUGAGGGGCACUGCGGACGCCGAGUUCCACAAUCACAUAUUUGAAAAAGUUAACCCUGAAAUGGAAAAGCUAGGUUUUGUAUGCAAGUGUCUUGGAGGAGGAAAAAUUGAUCAUAACAGCAAAGACAAAAAAAUCCGUGUAUUUGGCCUUUCUACAGGAUAUGGUAAAGCUGAUCAUUCUGUGACUGUUGAAAUACUGAAGAGAACUUAUAAAGAUUAUGAAAUUAGCUGGUCAGAUGACAAGAAAUAAAUUGUAUCAUCUAAUAUAAAUCUAUUUUUUCAAGAUAGUAUACACUUAAUUCUAAGCUCCCAUGAGGAAAUACAAUCAGUGCAUUUAGCCUAUACUGAAUAAAAAAAAAGGAUAUGAAUGGCUUGGUUCAUGCUUUAAAUAACUUGGAGUUUUAUCACGUCUUCACAUCUUGUUAACAGCAUUUGUAAUUUUUAAAUCCAUACUUUACUUCCAGUUUACAUCGCCAUAAAGAUAAUUUUGGACUCUGCAAUAAUGCAAGCCCUCUUUAAACAUUUUUAAGAAAUAAAGUUUCAUUCAAAUCAA